UUUUCGGUCAGAUGCUGUCAGUUAACUGGCGAAGGGCAUUAGUGGUACCUACAUGUUGAAAGUACACACGGUUCAUUCAUCACAACAGAUCCAGUUUGCGUUCACCUGAAACAGUAAACCAGCAGCUCCUCGCGACCACCCGGCCUUCAUAGUAACACUUUCAAACAGCCAGGAUCACCCCGAGAGGAGAAACAUUUAUUGAAGAGAUUUCAUCGGACAGAGCCUCCACUUAUUCUGUGUUCAGUUUCUCUUACAGUAUCGAUCAUCUUCUACGGAUGUGGCAGAUUCCUCAGCAGGAAGGAUGACAUCAGAGGCUGUGGUCUCCACAUCUCCUGCUAUAAGCAGCGGGCCCCCUGCCGAGAGGGACUACCACUUUGUUCGCUCCUUUGUAGCUGGAGGUGUUGCAGGAUGCUGUGCCAAGAGUACCAUAGCUCCUCUGGACAGAAUCAAGAUUCUCCUUCAAGCCCAGAACCCCCAUUACAAACAUCUCGGAGUGUUUGAAACUCUGAAAGCCGUGCCAAAGAAAGAAGGCUUCCUUGGCUUGUACAAGGGUAAUGGGGCAAUGAUGGUCCGCAUAUUUCCCUAUGGAGCCAUCCAGUUCAUGGCCUUUGAAAAAUAUAAUAAGCUGCUAGGUAAACAGUUUGGGAUCUCUGAACACAUCCACCGCCUAAUAGCAGGAUCUAUGGCAGGGUUGACUGCGGUGAUAUUCACCUACCCUCUGGACGUCAUCAGAGCCAGACUGGCCUUCCAGGUGACCGGAGAGCAUCGAUACACUGGAAUUGCAAAUGCCUUCCAAACCAUCUACCUUGAGGAAGGGGGCGUCUCGGGCUUCUACAGGGGACUUAUUCCAACACUUAUUGGAAUGGCUCCUUAUGCAGGUGUCUCGUUUUUCACUUUCGGCACCCUGAAGAGCCUCGGCUUGAAACAUUUCCCAGAGAGGCUGGGACAGCCCUCCUCAGACAACCCUGAUGUCCAGGUUCUGAAAGUGCACGUUAACCUGCUGUGUGGAGGGGUUGCCGGUGCCAUCGCUCAGACCAUCUCGUACCCUUUGGAUGUGGCUAGGAGAAGAAUGCAGCUAGGAACCGUGCUUCCUGACUCUGAGAAAUGCUCAUCUCUGAGAAACACGCUGAAGUAUGUGUACACAGAGUUUGGCAUCAAGAAGGGAUUGUACCGAGGUCUUUCUCUCAACUACAUCCGCUGCAUCCCCUCCCAGGCCGUGGCCUUCACCACCUACGAGUUCAUGAAGCAGAUCCUCCACCUGAACUAGGUGCUGGUUUUAUCCAUCCUGAGUCUGUACGCUCCGAGACCUUAAACAGAUCAACCUCGAUGCUUCCAACAGAAAGGGAUCUGAAACAAACUCGCUACGUCUUAAAUCGCCUUUUCCUCUAGUUCACUGAAGGCACCAUGAGAGUCAGCUCAUACUGAAAAAGGAAACUGGAUUUCAGACAGUAAGCCACUCAUCGUCUGUCCCAUUCAGUUCCUUUCUACUUCCUGGUUUUGUGUGUCGCCCACUUCUCAAGAGAAGAUUUACUCAAACAUACAACAUGUGGUUUGAAUUUCUCUCUCUCAUCAGUGUCUCCAUGGAUACAGCCGGUUAGCGGCUCGGGGCGAUGAUGUGCUCUUUAACUUUAACAAAACAACCCUCUGAUUGUGUAGAAGCCGCUCACACAGAUGUCCUCUGACUUGAUUUUAACAUGGACAUCAGCCUACAAUGAUCAGAUGACCAGUUUAUUUCUAACUCGUUUCCUUUUUACCUGGUAAUGAAAUUGUUGGUUAUUCUGGGAAUGUGGUUUGAGUUUGAGAAUAUUCUCAUGAUUUUCAGUGUUGGUUUAUUUAAAGUUGUGCGUGUCUUUAAAUGUAUAGGGCAGCUUUGGGGUGCAGUAACUCUAGGAGAAGUUGUUGUUUCCUCUACACAAAUCUAAAAUCAGUAUAAUCAAUGCAGUGACAAAGCUGGCACUUUAUUUCAGUUUAAACUUAACAUUUUAUUGCCGAACCUUGAAUAGAGCAGGUAAUGUCUGUACUCUUAUCUUUGCUUUGUUUUUUAUGUUGGUUAAUGUCGAUCAGAUUUUUAAUUGUGUAGCUCCGAUGAUAUUGAAUUAUUCUGCUGCAAUCAGAAAGAUAUUCAGAGUUUAAGAAGUCAGCAUUUAACAUGAUAUGGAUAUAAGAGGGACGUGAUGGGACUCAAAAUGUGCACCUCAUGACUGUAGCUUUUUCUUCAUUUAUUUAUUGAUUCACAUAGAGGUUGCCACUGGGUGGCAGCAUUGAAUAUACAUGUAAUUGUUUACCAUCACAGCUGGACAAAACAUUCGUAUAUAUUUCAUAAAUUCAUAAAAAAAAAUACAAGUCAGGGUAGAUAAUUGUUUUGUUAAUGAAAGCUAGCUGUCAGAUAAUAAGUGAAAUAUAUGCACUGUUUUUAACCAAAAUGUUGAACUACGAGCUACUGUCACAAAGACUGAACAUUUAAUAAUGAUGAAAUAAUCGUUUCCUAACUUUCAACCUUAAAGUCACCACCUGUGUUUACAUGCGUCUCUUCAGACAGACUUGCUUUUUCAGCCUCUUGCCUUUCUCUGCAUUUAAUAUCUUACUUCACCAGACUGUUUCGUGUGUUUUCUACGAGUUUUAGACCUAGUAUAUGAAUGCGGGAAAAUUGAGCCAAUGGUGUGUAACCUUUAUGGCUUGGGACUUUUUUUAAAUGAGACAUCACAGUUUGCAUAUAUCCCCUAUAUACUUUUCAGUAAAUAUCAUUUGAAUAAUUGCGAGAGGGCUGAAGAGUUAAAACUACCAAAUAUCUAACAAACAAUACAAAAAUAAAACUUUUGUCCAAUCUCAAAUGUGCUCAGAGACGAUCAACCUUUUUCGAACUGCCCCCCUAAAAACGUCAAAAAUAUUUCGUAUCACUUUACAGCACACCCUCCAAUAACAAGUUGAUUCACAAUCAGCGCCCGCACCCAUCCUCCAUCAUACUGUAGUGUCUGUAGAUUAUAGUAAGAAAUGGAGUCAGGAGAGCAACCUGAUUUGGCUUAAGAGUACAAUCAGACCAAUGAGAAGUUCAAGCCACCAUUUCCGAAACAAAAUGUAGUAUUCAGUAACACUUCUGCUUAUUAAAAUGCCACUCAUCUUCAGCACUGUGGAGCUUUCAUUUCUUUCUCCUUUGGUUUCCUAUUUGGUAUCGAAUACAUGACCCUACUCUGUUAUUGCAGUUUUUUAAGUAUCCCAACAAUUGGGGAAUAGAUCAGCUCUGUUCUUGCUGCUCACUGCGACGUGAUUAUGUAAGAGAAGAUAUUUGGAUAUGUAAAUGUUUGUAAAACUACACUGUACAACUUCAUCAAGCUAUAUGUGAUGUAAAUAUGUACUAAAUAUGCAUCGUUUUCAGAAGGAUUGAACAAAAGAAAAUGCCUUUUUAAUGUCUGUCUGUAUUUUCUCUACAUGUUCAGUUUUGCCUUUUAAACAGUGACAGCAUUACAUUACAAGUGAUCUUGAAACAGUACGCCUGCUUGGGUUUUUAUUUGUCUGUGACGGUGAACAUGUGAAUGAUCCUGUCCUGUACGCU